CUUUUCUUGUACCUCUUCCCUCUUCAAUAUAGUAUCCUCUUCCGACAUGGAUUUCGACUGCGAUUCCGACUCCUGGUCAGUCUCCGUCUCCGCCCUCCCUGCCUCCCUAUUCUGCGGCUCCUCCGGGAACAGACGAUUCUCGGAGAUGCUGUCCGAACUCUCGGAAGAGCUGACUUCUGCGUUCCAAAAGGCCUUGGCCAGGUCAUGCUUCACGUGACUGCGAGUGGGCGGGGCUUCCGGGACCGUGUGCCUUCCGCUCCUAGGGAAGCCCGCGGUGUCGCCCAUUUCCGGCCGCUACGGAACUUCGCAGGUGGAGACGCAGAGACAUCCUAUAGCUACGGGACAAAGAGGGUGACGCCGAGAGCUGUAGUCAUGGCGGCGCCGGAGCCCGGCCUGGCCGCUCCGAGCCCCGCGGCGCUGCCUGAACAGCAGGAAGGAGCCGUCGACUGUGCGGACCCCGCGCCCGACUCCGUGAGCUCCGCGGCCCCGGAACUCCCCGGCAGGCCCGCAGCUUCGGACGCGGCUCUGCAGGCUGAAGCCACCCCGCGGCCCGGCGCCUCUCGGCCGGGCCCAGAGACGUUUCGCCAGCGUUUCCGGCAGUUCCGCUACCAGGACGCGGCGGGUCCCCGGGAAGCUUUCCGGCAGCUGCGGGAGCUGUCCCGCCAGUGGCUGCGGCCCGACAUCCGCACCAAGGAGCAGAUCGUGGAGAUGCUGGUGCAGGAGCAGCUGCAGGCCAUCCUGCCCGAGGCGGCCCCGGUCCGGCGGCUGCGGCGCCGCGCAGACGUGCGCAUCACCGGCUGAGCAGGAACCGGGGGCUCCUUGGACUGUGAUACCCUACCACGAGUUAAUGAAAGUUGAAUUUUGACAGUU